AUGCCAGAAGAGGACUUUUUCAUGGACUCAGAUGAUGAUGACGAUGCUCCAGUUGAAGUUACAUCGAAGAAGGCAAAAGAAACUGGCCCGGAUAUGCCAUUGGUCGCUUCAGAAGAGCCUUCAUUGAGUUUGUUCGAACAGCUGCAACUUAAAAAACAAAAAGAAGAAGAUGGUCGUCUGGAGAAGAAAAAAGCGAAAAAGCUCAGAAGGAAGAAGACUAACAAGGGUCAAUACGUUGUGCAAACCAAGAAAGCUGCCUUCAAUGUUGUUACAUUAGACGAGGGAUUAACAUCGGCGUUGGAGCCUGCUAUCAAUUUCAAGGCAGAGCUGUUGAAAGCUAGAACAUCGGGCCGGAGAGUUCGAGAUGCCAAAAACUCUAUCCAUAGGGCCAAGUGGGUCGGAAGAAGGAAAGAUGAUUCUUAG